GGACAACCAGGAACUCCGGCUCAGUCUCCACCCCGAGAUGGGGCGGGUCCUACGGGCCGGGACGAGGGUGUGGCAGCCGCAGUAGACUCACAGCCGGUCUCAGCGCGAGAGGAGCUUCUGUGGGGGUGACUGAACUCUGAACCCAACUUGCAGCCAUGGCAACCAAAGGAGGAACCGUGAAAGCUGCUUCAGGAUUCAAUGCAGUUGAAGAUGCCCAGGCCCUGAGGAAGGCCAUGAAAGGACUUGGUACUGAUGAAGAUGCCAUAAUCGGAGUCCUGGCCUACCGAAACACUGCCCAGCGCCAGGAAAUCCGGACUGCCUACAAGAGCAACAUUGGCAGGGACCUGAUCGAUGACUUGAAGUCGGAGCUGAGCAGCAACUUUGAGCAGGUGAUCCUGGGGCUGAUGACGCCCACGGUGCUCUAUGACGUGCAGGAGCUGCGGAGGGCCAUGAAGGGAGCUGGCACAGAUGAAGGCUGCCUGAUUGAGAUCCUGGCCUCUCGUACCCCUGAGGAGAUCCGUCGCAUCAAUCAGACAUACCAGCAGCAAUACGGAAGGAGCCUUGAAGACGACAUCUGCUCUGACACAUCCUUCAUGUUCCAGCGAGUCCUGGUGUCUCUGUCUGCGGGUGGCAGGGAUGAGGGGAAUUACCUAGACGACGCACUUGUGAAACAGGACGCUCAGGAUCUGUAUGAGGCUGGAGAGAAGAGAUGGGGGACAGACGAGGUGAAAUUCCUCAGCAUCCUCUGCUCCCGGAACCGGAACCAUCUGCUGCAUGUGUUCGAUGAGUACAAAAGGAUUUCCCAGAAGGACAUUGAACAGAGUAUUAGAUCUGAAACAUCCGGAAGCUUUGAAGACGCCCUGCUGGCUAUAGUGAAGUGCAUGAGGAACAAGCCUGCAUAUUUUGCUGAACGGCUUUAUAAAUCCAUGAAGGGCUUAGGUACUGACGACAGCACCCUCAUCAGAGUGAUGGUUUCUCGAGCGGAGAUCGACAUGCUGGACAUCCGGGCAAACUUCAGGAGGCUCUAUGGGAAGUCCCUGUACUCUUUCAUCAAGGGCGACACUUCCGGAGACUACAGGAAGGUUCUGCUCAUUCUCUGUGGAGGAGAUGAUUAAAACAAGACACAGGACAGAAGGCUUCUUAACACUGAUUUUUUUUUAACUGCAUUUUUCUGCCCUGCUAUUCUGCUCAUUCUCUGUGGAGGAGAUGAUUAAAACAAGACACAGGACAGAAGGCUUCUUAACACUGAUUUUUUUUAACUUCAUUUUUCUGCCCUGCUAUUAACAUGAUCUCAAAUGCUUAUUUCCAAUUAAAACGCCUCCAGUUGCCUCCUAGGAUCCAGACUGUGUUAUUAUCAUCUCUAAUUAGUCAUUUUGAUGCCGUCAGCUUGUACUUUCAAAGCUUUUAAGACCUAAAUGGAGAUUGAGAAUUAGAAAUUUUAAUGUGCCCCCAUGUCUUUAGCAGAUUAUUUCCCCAUCUGUGUUUUGCAGAGAUCAAAUCACUAAAUCCUUUUGGAUUUUCUUUUCAGUAAGAAUUUAACAGGACAGAAGCGGUUUUCUUCCCCAGGGCUUUUCUCUAUGUAGCCUUUGCUGUCCUAGACUCACUUUGUAGACCAUGCUGGCCUCAAACUCAGAGAUCCUCCUGCCGCUGCCUCCCUGAGUGCUGGGAUUAAAGAUGUAUGCCACCAUGCCCGACAAGGCCCCCUCCCCUUUUGGCUUUGCCUAUCUUUUAGUUGAUAGUUGCUGAGUUUGGUGGGGCAAGCUUUGUCUCCUCCUGCCCCGGUACCACUUCCUCCACACAAAGUGUAGCAAAAUCAUCAGCUCAUCAAACAAGAUCAAUUUCAAGUGUGGCUAAACAGAUCCCUCCUGUUUGGUUAUCACUUGUGCGAAUGAACAUUCCAUAGUGUUGAGGUUACUGUCUUAAUCUUGCUCAAAACCGACAAGCGUGAGAUGCUCAGCUGAGGUAGUUUGGUGCUGGGUAUUCUAGGUUGUGGCUGACCUCUCUCUGCUAAAAAUAAUCUCUUAUAGACUGUUUGUUUGAUCCCACUGUGCCGUUUUGAUCUUAAUCAGAAACUGUGUUUGCAUAUAAUCAUGAAGUUUGGUUUGUAUACAACAUGAGAAAUUUUUAAUUAAAAGUAGUAACUUUAAA